AGUUCUCGUACAGCGUCGGGAUGGCCCCAAUCAGAGCGAGCGCUUGACGCCUACGUCAUCAAAAUACUCUUUCAGCUGUUGGAACAAGUGUAACCACGCGUGCGCCGCUACAUGGGACAAACUCAUUCAUUAAACUCACUUAAGGAAAAUGGCUCUAAUGGGUGUUCAGUUGGUGGUGAGCUUGCUGGCGGUCAGCAUAAUGCAAAGAAUGGCUCCACAUCUCUCUUUUGCACGCUGGCUCUUAUGUAAUGGCAGUCUUUUCAGGUUCAAACAUCCAUCGGAGGGUGAGCUGUGUGCCCUUGCAGGAAAGCAGAUUCCCAAGACGGGAAGGCGAGAGAGGAGACAAAAUGGACACGGAGAAUCCAAGCCGCUUACGGUUCCGAAAGACAUCGAUCUUCACUUGGACAGUGCUCCUGUUAAUGUCAUGGAUGCUCUUGUUCUGCGGUUUUUCGUUGAGUACCAGUGGCUUAUUGACUUUGCAGUCUAUGCCACAGGGAUCUACCUCUUCACCGAAGGCUAUUACAGCAUUGUGGACGCCAGCAAGGAGGUCAAUAUCGCUGCCAUCUGGUGUGUGCUGACUGUUUUCUUCUGCCUGAGGACCCUGUAUGUCCUCAUGAGCCAUUAUUUCAGUUCUGAGGAGGGUGGAGAGCGCUCGGUAUGUCUGGCUUUUGGCUUCUUAUCUCUGCUCGUGGCCAUGCUGGUUCUUGUAGUCAGAGAAGACUACUUGGAGUUCGGCCUUGAGCCUGGUUUUACCAGUCUCUUUGACAAUUUCGAAGUUUUUGCCAAACAGCAAGGCUACGAGUGGUCAAUUCCCUUUACCAAGCUGACUGUAAAGUUGGGUCUGGCUGUUGUUUGUGCCUUUAUCGGAGCUCUCCUCGCUUUCCCCGGACUGCGAUUGGCCCAAACUCACCUGGACGCAGUUCAGAUGAAUGCUGACCGUCCAAUCAUUCAAAUUUUGUUGCAUAUGAGUUUUCUGUCUCCACUGGUUAUUCUGGUAUUAUGGAUCAAACCAAUUGCUCGCGACUUUCUUGGCAAUGCUCCCUUGGGAAAAACCUCAGUCACCUUACUCUCCAGUUCAGCCUUCAACUCGGUGCGUCUGUGGACGAUCGUAGGCCUCUGUGUUUUGCGGCUUCUGCUCACGAGGUACCACCUGCAGGCGUACCUCAACCUGGCUCAGAAGUGGGUGGAGCAAAUGAAAAAAGAGGCGGGGCGUAUCGCUGCCCUUGACAUCCAGAGAAAGGUGACACGAAUUUUCUGCUACCUGACAGUGGUCACCCUGCAGUAUAUUUUGCCUGUUCUGCUUGUCCUCUUCUCAACGUUGGCGCUCAAAUCUCUAGGUGACUUCUCAUGGGGACUCGGAGCAGAAACUCCAGGCGUGACCCCCGCUCCCAUCAUUCCCGUCACACCUUCGCCGGCCCCCAGGCUUGAAGAUGACGAGGACAUGGAAGACAUUGAAGAAGACGUCCAAGCCACCGUCGCCCACCUGACAGAGUUGUUCGCUGCCUUACGUGGGGUCCUCACCCCCCUCUUCUUCAGGGGCAUCUUUGCCUUCCUCACUUGGUGGGUUGCAGCCUGUCAACUCAUCAGCAGUCUGUUCGGCAUCUACUUCCACCAGUAUCUAAUGCACAAUUGAUAGUGUCCUGAAAUGAUGCACUAAAUCCAGUCAUCACGGACGGUCCUGUAAACUUUAUUGACAGCAUAACACCAUAAAAACUGGAUUUUCGAAACAAACAUUCAUGUUUGACCAUCUAAACAUGUGCACUUCGUAAUCCCUGUGGUUAUGAAUUAGCACGUUGCUGGUACGCGCUAGACAAUUUUUUUUUGUACAAUCAAAGAUAAGUUUUGUUAGCAUAACAACUGGAACCGAUGCAACAAUUGGCCAGAUGCCUCAUUUACAUAAUCACUAUAAACUCGCAAUAUGAUGAUCUUUGCAUCCGAUGCAAUUCUUAAAGGCCUGUGAACUCAGGGAUGCGGUCCGAAAUAGCGUUUCUCCCACCAGCACAACAUCUUCAAGUGCAGAUUUCUGUAGCGCUGCAGUGAUGAAAUGAAAUCUGAGUUAAUUUCAUUUUGUACUUUGCCUUGGAUUUUUUAUCAGAAUGUUACAGUGUAUUUUAAAUAUUGUGUUUGCUAUGGCUGAUGACUUUUAAUGUAGCUAAUUGCGGUCCUUAACAUUUACUUUCAUUAUUUUUUCAGUCAUUUUGUCCACUACAUUAGCUGCCAAACUACUGUUUUUUUUUUCAAUCAUUAUCUGAAAUCAUCAGGGAUUCAUAUCAUUUAGACAAGCUAACAAUGUUAAGUUUUACUGAUAAUAUGCAGAUUUAUUUAUUCAUUUUCUUGUGUCAAUCAACAAUUUAUUUGAUUCUGAAUAAUAAAUUAUUUAGGAAAAACA